AUGUCUGCAAAGGAUUUAUUGAUAUAAUUAUUUGGUUUACCAAAAGGGGAAAUAAUCUUUUAGGAUUAUUCAUGUGCUUUAAAAGCCUUAAUUUCAAAAUAUGGAAGAAUUUUUAUAGCAGAGAAUCAUAUUUGUUUUUAUGCAAAUCUUGCAGGAAGCAAAACGAAUUUAGUUAUAAAAUUAGAUGAUAUUAUUAAGUUAGAUAGUAAAAAUAAGAAUGAUAUUGAUAUAUUUACAAAAGAUGGGAAAUCAUAUUGUUUCAAUAGUUUUCAUAAUAAGGAUUAAGUUUAUAAUCUAAUGAAUGCAUUAAUAUCAGGAUAGCCUUUAUCAAAUUAAUAAACAUUCUAGACUCCUUCAGAUAGUAUGAGAGAAGAUGACUCAUAAAUAGAAAAUGCUGAAGUAGAGAUCUAAUUUCUAUAAUCAGAAGCAUCUAUNUAAUUAAAGCUAAUAGGAAAGAUUUAUAUAAAAACAAAGGGAAAUGGAAGCAAAAAAGUAAUAGGAAAUACAAUAAAGAUAGAGGGAAGAAUUAUUAGAAAAAUAAGAAAUAGAAUAUAUGAUGGCUGUUUAAAAAGCAGAUAAUUAAAAAAAGAGAAUAUAGGAGGAAAAGUAAUAAUAAGAAUAGUUAAUUUAAUAAUAAUAAGAAGAAGAAGUAUGUAAAAAAUAAUAUUAGAGGAAUAAAGAUAAUUUAUAAAAGCUACAUUGUUAUCAAAUUUACCUUAAGAACCAGAAGAAAAUGGAAUAAGUAUUUAAUUUAGAUUUUUUGAUAAAGUAGUUACAAGAAAAUUUAAUUUAACUGAUAAAAUAGAAGUAAUAAUAUGUAAUUUAGAAAUUCUUAGAGCAUAUUUAAUUUUGUAAUUUGUCAAGAUGAUUCGUUAUUUUUAAAUCCAGGAGCUGAAAUUGAUUUAAUUUAAAAUUUUCCUAGACUUUCUUUAUUUGAUAAAAAAGAAAUGUAAAUUUAAGAGAUUUUUAAUGAUUCAACAGGAGAGUAAUUAAUAAUUUUAGAAAAGGAGUGA